GGGGGAAGUGGAGAAAGGGCGGUUGGGGAACCAAGGAAACGGCCGCACGCGCGAGAUAGCGGGAGUGGGCGGGGCCUGAGGCAGGUAGCAGCGGACAGGUUUCUUCCAGAGGAGGCUUUCCGUUGCCAAUCCCUUUGAGGCUGAGAGAGUGUGACUUUGACCAAGAUUGACUCCCAGUUCAACGUGUGACAAGCAAUGAUUGAAUCAGUCAAAAUAAGAAGGCAGUGCAUCUUGGAUUUUUACUCUCAUUAUGAGCACCUCUGUGCAGUUCAAGGCAGUGCCCCCUUAGCGUCUGUGAAGGCUAAGAAGCCUGAAGGUGUGCUUGAUAUAAAUGCAGAUCGCAUCAAAGCUGCUGAUUGGGUACCUCUCCUGACUGCUAUCAGACACAACAAGACUUUGACGUCUAUUGUCAUAAAGAGUUUACACCAUCAGGGGCAUGCAGACUCAGGUAGUGAGAAACAGGGGCCAUACAUAAGAAGGCGAAUUCCAGCUGUUCGAUCCAAAGAAUUGACCAACCAGCUGUGUAAAGCUAUCAAAGGCUGUCUGAUGAUAUCAAGUUCACUGAGAAAUCUGGAACUACAGGGAUUGCUUCUGAGGGAAAAAGACUUAAUGUUGUUGACAAAUGGGUUGUCUACUACAACAUCUUUAGAGCAACUGUCUCUAGCACAUUCACCAAUUGGUGAUGGAGGUUUGGAAUUAAUUUGUCAAAGUGUGAAGAAUUCUUCCUGCAUCAGAUCUGUAGAUUUUACAGGAUGUAGUUUGACAUGGCGAGGAACAGAACACAUGGCCAGCACCCUAAAGCACCAAGCCAUGAGGAGACAUGGAGAGGUCUGGGCUGAGAGCCUGCGAUAUAGAAGACCUGACUUGGAUUGCAUGGCUGGCUUGAGACGCAUCACUCUUAACUGCAACACCCUUAUUGGUGAUCAAGGUGCUACCAUUUUAGCUGAAAGCCUAAGGGAAGACUUGUGGCUGAAAGCACUUGAUUUGCAGCAGUGUGGAAUUACCAGUGAGGGAGCAAAAUCGCUCUUGGAUGCGUUUGAAACUAACACAACACUUGUGGUUCUGGACAUCAGGAAAAAUCCAUUAAUAGAUCAUGCUCUGAUGAAAAAACUAAUUGAAAGAGUUCUCAUGAAUGCUGACGGAACUAAUUUGGAGUACCAGUGGCUUCCAUCCCCAAAAGAUAUUAAAAAUAAACCUAAGAAAAGAACAGUUAUCUUGGGAAAUGGCAGGAAAGGAAAAGCUACAAUUCGUAUUGUAAUCUGGAGACACAGAGGAUUUGCUUCCAAAAAAUCCUCAAGUCCUGGUAAGACGACGUCAUGUGACCAAGACAGCUAUGCUCCAAAGCCAUUGCCUCCAGGGGCACGUGGGUUUCUGCCGUGGCGUACUGCUGAACGCGCAAAACAACACAGGGCUUCAUCUCGGAAGAAAACCCAUGAAUUUCCUUUGCAGAUCCAGGCUGGUAUUCCUGUGAAAGUUACUGUGGAAAGUGGUUCUACAUCUGAAACUGAGACAGAAGGUGCUAUACAAGACGUUAUGUGUGAAGCUGCUGACAAAGAAUCUCCAGACAUAAUUAACUUGAAACAAUGCCAUAGGUUACAGAUGGAUUAUGAAGAGUGUCAGUUAAGAUUAAAAGAAGAACGAAAAGCAAGAGUAACUGCUGAGGAACGGAUAAUGGAGCUGGAACUGGAAAAUACCCGUUUAAGAAAUUUGAAUUAUUCCCUGUCAGAGGUUCUCCAUGCGCAGUCAGUAGCCAGCACAAUUUUGGAAGAUGAAGGAGUUUUGGGGAGCAUUGAGAGCUCAUUCCAGAAAUUUCAUGCAUUUUUAGAUCUUCUUAAAGAUGCUGGACUUGGACAGCUUGCAGCAAUGGCUGGUAUAGACCAAUCAGAUUUUGGCUUAUUACACCAUCCCCAAAUGACUUCUACUUUAGCCAAACCCACCAUAACACCGAGGGAGAAGUCAUUUGAAGAAGAAAGACAAGAACACAUGCAGAAUUUUAAAAAUUCUGGUUCAGCCACUCAUCCUGGUGCUAUCAGCUUCCAGACAGAUUUAAGUCCGUAUCAAGUUGCAAAUAAUGCCCUACCUGCUGCAGCAAACACACAAGAACCUCAGGUCAUUGGUCAGCCCCAACGGAGCUUAUGGCAAGAAGUUGAAGAUAAAAUUGAUAGCUGGAACAUGGAAGAGAAUGCAUCAAAAGCUAGCCUGGCAGUAUCUUUGGAGAAGAGCAGCCAACCUCUGCAACUAGAGGCAAAAGAUUCUUCUAUGAGGCAACCAGUUGCUACUCAGCAUUCAGUCUCUGAUCCCAGUAUAAAUGUGUACAGUAAUAAAUUCAGCAGCCUUGCUAGUGAAAAUAGUAAAGUUUCUUCAAAAAGACUUCCCUAUACAUCAAGCUUUGCUGCAGGAGAUCAAAGUGUGCAUCAAACUGAUCCUUCUAAAAAUGACACAGUGGGUUCUGACUCUGACCUACAAGAAAGCAUUCAUUCAGUGGGAAGACUUUGAAACCUUGGUUCCUAGUGGGAAGGCCAUUCAGUGGGCGAGGCUUUUGUGAGAAAUGCAUUCUUCAAAAAUGUUGUGCUUACGCUUGAUGGGUCUUCUUCACAUGUCUUUUUGCAGCAUCCAAGAGGAUUUAUUGUUUUUCUUUUUAUAUGCUUUUUAAAUAAAUAAUAAAGGAUCUCAUGUACAGUUCUAGUGUAUUCAAAUGAUACCAUGGUGAGUGAAUAA